GGGAGAGAUGAGUGAAGCAGUCAUGAGGGAUCAUAAGGGCAGUGGGAAUGAGCAGAAUCCUGGGACACAGGACACCAACAACACUUCAUUACCCAGUAAGAAACAACUGAGACAGCAGGCAAAAGACCAGGAAGUCCAUCACACCAGUGAAACAACAGCAGGCUGCAGGCAGGACCCCACCCCAAGCCAGGAGGUGAUCAGCACGAUGAGUGGCCAGCGCCCCAGUGGCUCCGUGGACAAAGAGAGAGGCAGUGGGGAGAGUGAGGAAGAUUCAGAUUCUGAUGACCUGGGCACUUCCUUGGAUGAACAGUCCAUUCUGGAGCGACUCGGCCUUAAUAGCAUGCAGCUGACAGAAGAGGAGACAGAGUCUGCCUUUGCCCAGCUGUCCCUGGCAUUCCGCUGCGACCAGUACACCCUGAAGAGAAGGCUGCAGGCCGAAGAGAGAGCCAGAGACAUCGCUGAGGAGAACUUCCGCCAAGAGCUGGAGAACGGCCGGGCCACGCUGCAGACCCUGAAAGGCCUGUUUGUGGACAGCAAGCGUGGCAGGAUCGUGCAGAAGCUGGAGCAGAGCCUGGAGGUCCUGUCCAACACCAUAGAGCGCAUUUCCAGUACCGCAGAGCUUCUGGGGGCUGUGCACCAG